AUGUCCAAACGCACGACCGCGUCUCUCGACCCGCUCCAUCCCUCCAAGCGCUUCAAGAUGGGCUCAAGUGGCUCCAAGACGGAUGGUGCAGCCGCAUAUAACACGCAGGCGUCUGGCUCAGCGGUCCCGGACCCCGGGUCAUUACUCACCGACGCCAACGCUACCUCAGUCAUGUCCGCCUACGUCGGCAGCCUGCGCAACAACCUCUCUGAACACAAUGCCGUCUACACCGUAGUGCUGCCCUUCAACUCGCCCGUCCGCGAAGCGUCCUCCGCCGGCCCAUUCAGGUCGAAACAGCUGGCCAAGCAGAGCGCCGCGUUCAACGCAGUCCUGGCGCUCAUGGAGGCAGGGGAGAUUGCACCUUCGCUGGCACCUACACCGGCCAACCCGACCAUCAAGCGCAAGCCUAGCGCACCGGCGGAAACGAAUCCCACUGGUGCUGCCAUCAACAGCACCGUCCAUGCGCCCCAACCGCGCGGGCACGACUCCAUCAGUGAUGGCCCCGGGCCUCGUUCCGUGGUUGCCUCGGGAUCACGCACAACUAGCGCACCAAGUUAUCGCCCACCACACCCAGACGAGGUGGCCCGUAACGAAGCGCGUGCGGCACUGGCCAAACUGCCCCGGAGCAGCAGCGGCAUCCUGGGUGAAGCCGACUACGAGUUGCUCGCGUCACCAACGUUCUGGAUCCAACACCCACUCAGUGAGGCCAAGCAGACUGCCAGCGGGCACACUUUGCUUCACGCCACGAUUGUGACCCUCAAGUUUCAACCACCACACGCGGCUGUUGCGGACCAGUGCCGUGCGCUGUGUUUUCUGAGUGCACGACCCGUACCUGUGACGGAAGACGUGCUCGAGCUCGACGUCGCCCAGCAAAAGGUGGCAGCAAGCGCUAUUUUCACCCGCACGCCUGGCCAGCUGAAACUGUCGUCCGCUCAGCUUGACAAGGCGUUUGAGUACACACGGCGUUUCAUGCGGGCGCUGUUAAACAAGCCGCUGGACGGCGAGUUUGGUACGACGGCGUACCUUGUUCUGCCCUUCAGGACCGACUUUGCACGCGACUCGAGUGCCCGGACUUGCUCCGUUGAGGAUAUCUCGUGGACAGAUGUGGAUGCCGUCGACAAGGACUACGUGCAAGUGUUCAAGCUUGAUGAUCCCAAGGCCCUAGCAGUACAGCUCGAGGAUGCUGUGAUCAGCGCCCCACAGGAACUGGGUCGCCGUUUCUACGCGUCACGUCUGCGUCUCGACCUGUCCCCCCAAUCCAAGAGCGCAGAGGCACCCGACAAGACACUUUUCGAAGUUGCCAUGUCCAACGAGCGUUACGAGUAUCGCUACCGCCAAGUCACGUCGCUCCUGUACCCGGACCAGCCUAUUGUCGAGGGCGAGCACGCUGUGGGACCAAAAGGCGGCGGUCUGGUCGCCGCCCUCGCCCAGCCCAAGCAAAAGGGCAUGCUCCUGAUUCCCGAACUUCUGAGUCUACACUUUAUCCCGGCCUCCGUCUUCCGCACCGGUACCGUGCUCCCGGCCGCCCUCGCGUCCCUCGACGAUGAGCUCAUCGCCGCACAACUGUCGUCGGACCACUUUCACGGCGCUUUGGACCGCAACCUGGCGCGCGAAGCCAUCACCUGCCCCGCUGCACGCCCCUUCCCCGGCCAGACCAACUACGAGCGUCUGGAAAUGCUGGGCGAUACGGUUCUCAAGCUCAUAUCUACUGUAGACGUCUACAUCGACAUUACCAGAAAAACGGAGGGAACCAUGACGAGGGACAGGCACAUGGUGGUGUCCAACAACGCGCUGCAAAUGUCGGCGAUCAAGUCGGAUGUGGUCAAGUAUAUCCGCAGCAUGUACCGUCGUGCACGCGAUUUUGUCCCACCAACGUGGGUCGUGGAGGGUGCCACCGAGGCUGUGGCGCCCAAAACGCAAAAGCUGGGCGAUAAGACUGUGGCAGACGUUGCCGAGGCUCUCAUUGCCGCGGCGUACCUCUCCAACAACCGCGACAUUCAGGCCACGCUGGAUGCGAUGCACGUUCUCUGCAUUCCACUGACGCUCAAGACGUGGGCCUCGUUACUCCCUGACCCGCGCGACUCGAGCUCGCGUGGAAGCGCGCCCUUGACGCUUUUGGGCUACGAGUUCCAGGACGGUGACCGCGGUCGCGCUGCUAUAAGCCUGUAUCCCGACGCAUCCCGCAAGGCCCAGUUUGAGCGGUACGAGUUCCUCGGCGACGCGGUCAUCGAUUACCUCACUCUCGAGCCCAUCUGGGAUUCCAACCCCUCCCUCGGCCCCGCACCCCUCACGCACAUGAAGCACUCGCGUGUCGCCAACGACAUUGACCCAGCGACAUCCGUCAAACUCGCAGCGUUUACGCAAUCCAUGCUCGCCGCACAGGCCAAGGCCGACAACGCCAUCGCCCGGGGCAACCCGCAGCACGAGUUCUGGUCGUCGGUGCCGGAACACAAGUGGCUUGGGGACAUUCUCGAGGCCCUCUUUGGCGCCAUCCUGGAAGACUCGGGCUUUGACCUGGCCGUCUGCGCGCGCGUGUACAACGCGCACCUGGGCCCCUUUGUCGACCGCUACGCCGUGGGCCCGCACGCGCACUCGCUGCACCCGAAGAGCGCGCUGCUCGAGCUGUUUGCCGCGCGCGGCUGCCACCAGUGGACCAUUGAAAAGGGCGUGCUGGCGACCAAUAACAACAACAACAGCAGCACGAACGGUAACGGUUCUGCGGGCGUGCUCAAGGCCAAGGCCAAUGGCUCGGCCUACCCCAAUGGCCACGCUGCAAUCCCCACGCCAGCCCCGCAGGCCACGAUACCGUCAUACUCGGCCCAAGUCCACGUGCACGGCGUGACGUUUUCCUCGGCAGCCGCCAGCCCGCAGCUCGCCGUGCGCAACGCGUGUGCGAUCGCGCUCGAGGUGUUGCGCGGCGAAGGGCCAGACGGGUGCGCGUGCAAGGCGGAAGGUAAGGCGUAG